AUGACAGGAGGAGCCAGUGCGCAUGCGCGGCUACACUCAGAGGCUGAAGGAAAGAGAAACACCAGGAAAAAAGUGCUCAAGACAAAGGAGUGGACAGAAGCGUCCGGACAGGGCUCCCCCAGGAUCCCCCGAGUGUGCUCCGGGAAGACUCUGGAGGACCGCGGCCGCAGUACAACAUUACAACAGUACAACAGUGCGACUACAGAAGAACCUGGAGACAAACAGGACGUUGCGACAGUUGAUCUGUGGCUGAGGUGUUGA